AUCUUUCCCAACAGUCGCUUGCUGACAGUAAAGCGGGCUCAGACUCGGUGUAAACUGAAAUGCGCGGUCAAGUUGUUUCGACGCUUGUGCUGGUGUUGCUGUGGUGUUGCGGGAGCGCGCCGGGUGAACGGGGACAGAAGGUGUCCAGGAGAACACCGAGGACUCGCUCCUGUCCGGACUUACCAGAGGAGAUUUUGGAGCAGAUGUUUGGGAGGCUCUCGGUCGGGGUGCUCAGCGCGUUUCAUCACACCUUGCAGCUCGCGCCUCCAGAGCGCCAGAAUCUGAGCUGUCAAUCAGCGUCUCGAGUAGCGCGCGACAGACCACGUACACCAGUAAACUUCCUCAGCCUCUCGCCGUGGGCGUACAGAAUCUCCCAUGAGCCAGCAAGGUACCCCCGAUACCUCCCGGAGGCUUAUUGUUUGUGUAAGGGAUGCCUGACCGGGCCGAACGGGGAGGAAAGUGACCGCUUCCGAAGCACCCCAGUGUACAUGCCCACCGUCAUCCUGCGCCGUACUGGCUCGUGUGUCGGGGGUCGUCAUUCCUACACGGAGAGCUACGUGUCCAUCGCCGUGGGAUGUACUUGUGUGCCAUUGUUGGAAAGAGACAGAAAAACACUCAAGAGCAACCCAAGUGUGAAAAGAGUCGCGUCUAAAAAUGCAGUUUCCAGCACCUUUAGAAAGAAUCAACCGAACUGAUAC